UGUUUUGUUUGUAGUGUUUGACAUACAUUCAUUUUUAGAGAUCGGUUAGAUACCUAGUCCAUAUUCCAGAUCAGUGGGUGGCGGUAAUGCACCCGAAAGCUGUUUGCCAACCGCCAAUAAAACCAAGAGAAGAAGAAGAAGAUCAGAACCAGGACCAGGACCAGGACCAGGACCAGGAGUCCAGCAUCAGGACCAGAGCGGGAUCUUCCUCUGGUCUGCAGAAACAUAAAGGCAAAGAGAGACCCACAAGUUAUCGUUGUGAUCAUUGCAAGAAAGUCUUCACCACUUCAUCAGGUCUGAGAAAACAUAAGAUGAUUCACACUGGAGAUAAACCGUUCACUUGUGAUCAGUGUGGAGCAGCUUUUACCAGACAAGAUUGUCUAAGAACUCACCAACGUAUUCACACUGGAGAUAAACCGUUCACUUGUGAUCAGUGUGGAGCAGCUUUUACCCAAAAAAGUCAUCUAAUGACUCACCAACGUAUUCACACUGGAGAUAAACCGUUCAGAUGUGAUCAGUGUGGAGCAGCUUUUACCCAAAAAAGUAAUCUAAGGACUCACCAACGUAUUCACACUGGAGAAAAACCGUUCACUUGUGAUCAGUGUGGAGCAGCUUUUACCACAUCAAGUGAUCUAAGGAAUCACCAACGUGUUCACACUGGAGAAAAACCGUUUAGGUGUGAUGAGUGUGGAGCAGCUUUUACCCGACAAAGUGAUCUAAAGAUUCACCAACGUAUUCACACUGGAGAUAAACCGUUCACUUGUGAUCAGUGUGGAGCAGCUUUUACCACAUCAAGUGAUCUAAGGAAUCACCAACGUAUUCACACUGGAGAUAAACCGUUUAGGUGUGAUCAGUGUGGAGCAUCUUUUACCCAACAAGGCAAUCUAAAGACUCACCAACGUGUUCACACUGGAGAUAAACCAUUCACUUGUGAUCAGUGUGGAGCAGCUUUUACCACAUCAGGUAAUCUAAUUACUCACCAACGUAUUCACACUGGAGAUAAACCGUUCAGAUGUGAUCAGUGUGGAACAGCUUUUACCCAACAAGGUAGUCUAAGGACUCACCAACGUAUUCACACUGGAGAUAAACCGUUCAGAUGUGAACAGUGUGAGGCAGCUUUUACCACAUCAAGGGAUCUAAUGACUCACCAACGUAUUCACACUGGAUAUAAACCGUUUAGGUGUGAUCAGUGUGGAGCAGCUUUUACCAGAAAAUAUUAUCUAAAGAUACACCAACGUGUUCACACUGGAGAAAAACCGUUCACUUGUGAUCAGUGUGGAGCAGCUUUUACUGAGUCAGGAAAGCUAAAGAUUCACCAACGUAUUCACACUGGAGAUAAACCGUUCACUUGUGAUCAGUGUGGAGCAGCUUUUACCCAACGAGGUAAUCUAAGGACUCACCAACGUAUUCACACUGGAGAAAAACCGUUUAGGUGUGAUCAGUGUGGAGCAGCUUUUACCCAACGAGGUAGUCUAAUGAUACACCAACGUCUUCACACUGGAGAUAAACCGUUUAAGUGUGAUCAGUGUGGAGCAGCUUUUACCACAUCAGGUCAUCUAAUGACUCACCAACGUAUUCACACUGGAUAUAAACCGUUUAGGUGUGAUCAGUGUGGAGCAGCUUUUACCACAUCAAGUGAUCUAAAGAUUCACCAACGUACUCACACUGGAGAUAAACCGUUCACUUGUGAUCAGUGUGGAGCAGCUUUUACCACAUCAAGUCAGCUAAAGAAGCACCAACGUAUUCACACGAGUGAUAAACUCUAAAGAUUUGAUCACUAUGAAGUUUGGAUGGAAUUACAAAAAACACCUCAGCACAGCAAAAAAAGCAAAAUAAUCAGACAAGGUCAUACCUAAAACUUGAAAGACUAACAUAUUUCCCCUGGACAUCUCCUGGGAAGGUGUUCCUGGCAUGUCCCACCAGGAGAAGAGCCAGGACACACCGGAGGGAAUGUCUUUUGGCUGACCUGGGAACGUCUCUGGAUCCCUCCAGAAGAGCUGGAUGAAAUGUGUGGGGUGAGGGAAGUCUGGACAUCUCUGCUCAGACUGCUGCCCCCGCUAACCAGUCCCACAUCAAGUGGAUGAAGAUGGAAAAAAUCCAUAUAUCUGCAAAAAGCACAAAUUUAUUGUUACACCAUUCUGAGAUACAGAAUGUAAUCUAACUAUAGCAUUAACUAUUCCACAAAUACUGCAUUAGCACAUCUCUAACAUAUCUUCCUCCUCUCCACCCCGAGCCACUGCCACCACUGGCUGAAGUGUUUCUGCUGCAGGUUCAUCCUAUGAUGUUUCAUACGUCUUUCCAUGAUUUUCACACAGAUUAUGUAGUGGACAGGAAGUCAUCACCAUUCA